AUGAUCACGCGACAACCCCGAGCAAGCGCCUUCCUCCUCACCUCCUUCCUCAGACCCUCAGUAUCUCUACCACAGUCCUACAUCUGCACACCAUGUCGACGUGAGCUUCACCGUGGCCUUCCCAAAGAUGGUGAGAUUCCAAAGCCGAUCCCGUUUGUACCGGAUGUACCAACCUUCCUCUCUUUGAUUGGACGGGAGAUGUCCAAGCACGCGAGCAAACUCCAGUCCUGGGAUGAACUGUUUACACUCACAUCGAGUCAGUUGAAGGAACGAGGGUUUGAGCCUCCGCGCACAAGGCGGUAUCUUUUGAGAUGGAGAGAAAAAUAUCGACGGGGGGAGUACGGCAUUGGUGGUGAUUUCAAGUAUGUGAAGGAUGGCGUUGCCGAACUACGAGUGGUCGAAGUCCCGUCGCUGGAGACAAAAGAUGCAAGUGAGGAGCAAGUCACUAUCACACGGACACCGGGAAUGGAAAAGUUGGUUCUCAAUGUGCCGAACGGGUCUGAUACAUACAAACUCGAGCCUGGGCAAACUACUGCAGAUCUUAGAAAGGCCAAAGGAUACAAAGUGAAGAACGGCUAUAUCGUGGUCGGGCAAGCGGCCAAGCCCAUGAAGGGAACACACUUCAGCGGCGCUACUGUGGCGGCUUCAGAAGGUCUUUGGGAGCAUAAGCGAGGGCACAAGGUCCAUGGUGGUGAGAGACGGAGAGCAGAAGUCUUGCAUAAGUUGAGGGUGGAAGCAAACAAAGCUGCAAGAUGA